UCUAUGGCCCAUCCCAAGCAAUGCAACGCAGGGCUGCUUUGAACACCUGUUGAGUGUGGCAGCAGGCUCCUGCCAGAGCUGGUCUGUGGGUUUCAGUUGGCAUCCUGCAGCUCAAAGAUGGGCCGAGGCAAAGAGGUGCGGUGCUCCAUGCGUGGCAGCUCCGGUGCUGCUUGGUUGUGUCCCUCCAGGGCCCGGGGUUCAGUCGCUGUGCUCUGACAACAAAACAACCAGAACAACGCAAUAAAAGCCUGGGUGAUGGCAUCUCCCUGCCUGCCCGUCCAUGUGUGUGUAUGCAGAGGAACCGUGGGGAUGUGGAGGAGACACGAGUGCAGCCUUCCAGUAUUUAAGAGGGCAUUGCAAACAGGAGGGGAAUCCACUUUUUACAGAGUAGAGAGUGAUAGCACCAGGGAGAAUGGUUUUAAGCUCAAGGAGGACAGAUGGAGGUUGGAUGUCAGGGGGAAUUUCUUUAGAGAGAGAGCAGUGAGGUGCUGGAACAGCUGCCCAGAGAGGCUGUGAUGCCCCGUCCAUCCCUGGAGGUGUUCAAGGCCAGGUUGGAUGGGGCCCUGGGCAGCCUGGGCUGCUGUGAGAUGGGGAGGUUGGUGGCCCUGCAUUGGUGGGGGGUUGGAGCUUCGUGAUCCUUGAGGUCCCUUCUAAGCCAUUCUAUGUGGCACUGAGGGACAUGGGCAGUGGGGAUGAUAGGGUGGGGUGGGUUGGGGAUCUUGGAGAGCUUUUCCAAGCUGAAUGAUUCAGUGAGGGAUUGUUGUCUUAUCUUGACCUGACCCACUUUGGCCAUAAGCUGCUGAGGUGCCGCCUUGCUUCUCUGGCACAGCAGCAGGGAGGAUGCUGGCGUCAAAGCAUUAAAGGUUGUCCUUCUUUGUAGUUUCCUUCCUUAUCCCAUUUUAUCUCAGAGAAGUACCUUUGCUCCUCUGCGUUGGCUGAUCUGUGGCUAAGAGCUUCAGUUGAGAUUGAACUUUAGCAACAUGGAACCACGGUGUAGAAUACUUUGGGGUGGGGAAGGAAGGCAGUUCUGCUCAGCUGUACCUCGGAGUUGGUCCUGCCAUGUAGCUGGGGUCGGGCAGACCUCAUUUCUGAUAUGGAGGGGCACCUUGUGCUCUGGAGGGGCUCAGCCUUCAUGGUAUCAUUUAAGGUUGAAAAAGACCUUUAAGGUGAUCCGGUCCAACUGUUGACCCAACAUCACCAUGCCCACCAACCAGCGCCGCAUCUUCCAUCUAAAUAAGCAUCAGUUCGCAUCCAAGGAAGCUGUGUGGUGAAGUGUCGUCCUUGGCAGAGAGUUAAUGUGUGAAUGUGUUAAUUGUCUUGUGAACGCAUGAGAUAAAGCCUGGCUUUAGCAAGCUUCCAGCUUGUAACUAUCUGUAACAUUUGUACUUCCUCAUGGCUCAUUCGUUUGGCUGCUGUUGUUGUGCUGUAGACUGAGCUUUCUGGUGCCCGAGCGUGACGUCCUGUUUAUUUCUUCUCCUGGAGCCUUUGGGUCUGCCUCCCUGCCUGGAUAAACCGUGGUAAAGCCAGAUAAACCUGAAACAAACCGUGCUGGAAGGACACCAGCUGUGUCCCUGUUGCAGUUGGGUGUUAAACAACCCGAGGGAUCUGAGCUACUCAGACCCUUCAGCAGCUCCAGGAGCUCCUUGGUGGCAUCAGAGCCACAGUAUGGCUUCGUGUCCCAUCAGCCCUCCGUGGAAUCAUGGAAUCGUUAAGGUUGGAGAAGACCUCCACCAUCCCCAGCCCACCCCUCCAUGCCCACUGGCCAUGUCCUCAGUGCCACAUCUCCACAGUUACUGAACACCCCCAGGGAUGGUGACCCCACCACAUGCCUGUGGCCGCUGCAUCACGGCUCUUAGGGAGAAGAAAUGUCCCUAAUAUCCAACUCGAUAGCUAUGAAAUGAGUUGAGAGGCUCAGGAUCUCACAUAAGGGCAGGGAAGUUGUUGGAAUCUCUACACACAGGAGUGGGUUGCUAUGGGUGUGACCCCUAACAGCCAGGCUGUUCAGUUCUGGAACCGGCUGCCAUUGAGGACACUGGAAAACACUCUGGGGUGAACAGGGUGGCAGCACACAGACAGCAUUUUCAGCAGCAGAAAAUGGGGGGGGACGUGUUUCUGUAGGAUUAAACAUCUUCCUUUGGGGAAAGCCUGAUGCAAGUGGAUGGCAGAGGCUGGGGUGUACGGAGUCUGUCUGCCUCAUCCUUCGACAUGGGUAAGUCUGACAGGCCUUAUAAAACUGGCCAUAGGGCUGAAGCUAUUCAGGGGCAUCCAGAGAAGGGCUGCAGGGAUGGGGAAGGGUCUGGAGGGCGAAAAGUGUGAGGAUUAGCUCAGGUCCCUUGGGUUGUUCAGCCCAGAGCUGAGGAGGCAGAGGGGAGGAUCAUGGUGGCCCUGCAGCCCCUCAUGGUCCAUGGGUUGGUGCUCCGUAGGAUGGCUCAGGUUAUACAACUUAACUGGUCUGGACCUGGAGUGCCGGGUUCCUCCAUCCAUGGGUGUUUCAGCAGGUGCCCCAAGGGUAAACGAGGUGGGGCUUUGCUCCUGUUAUGGGUCACAGGCCAUCUGUGACACUUUGGACUUAUGCUGAGGAUGCAGCAGUGUCCCUGACCACAUCCCUACUGCUGGAAGCGUGCUGGAAGCUGGCAUCUGGGAGGUCCAUCCACAUGGACUGUUGUAAAUGACCCUUCUGGGACCACCUCUAUUGCAGCUCCAGGAGCACGCAGCUCCUGGCUUGUUGCCCCUCCACAGCCAUGACAGCUUCUUCUGCCCGCUGACUUGCUAUGAGAUUUGGAGAUUUGUGGCCCAAUGUGGAUUGCUGCAGGAUUUGAGCUUUCCUGCUUAGGUACUCUGCUGUUUGAAGAGCUGCAGCAGUGGCUCUCGUUAGCCAAGGCUGCACCCAUUCAGCAUAAUAGCUGCUUAGCAGCACAGCAUCCCUUCUAAUAACAGGCUGAUCCUUAAGAAGGGAGGGAAGUAUGUCAGCACACCUCCUAAUUUGCUCCCAGGCUGACAGCUUGCUUUGCAUUCCAGCCAGCAAUUAUAGGGCUUACAGAUAGUAAAAGUAAUGACGAGAUGCGAAGGAAAACCUCCGUGCAAGUGCUGCUUCCUGGAGGUGUUUGAGCACAUCUUUAGCACCCAGCAGGUGGUUCCUCAUGGGAACCACGUUUUUUGGGUUCUGUUUAUUGACUGGAAGCGGCUUUCACCUCCUCCUCCUCCGUGCCAUAGAAAAACCACCAUCGUUUCCCUUGCUGGGUCUCGCGGUGAGCACAGCACUGAGCAAUGGUGGGUGAGCACAGCCCGCUGUGUGCCUGCCUGUGGUCUGCAGGGGCUGAUCUCCACCUCACAGGGCUGUUCCAGUGUCUGGAGGUGCCUGUGGCCACGGGUGGGUACCCAGCCAGGCUUGGAGCCCAUUCCAGCAGUACGCCAUGUGAUUUGCUUUUGGCUUUGUCCGUAGGUACGGGGUCGAGCAUUCUUUCUGCUCUGCAGGACUUGUUCUGGCUGUCUAAAUCCAAAGUAGAGAAACAACUGCAGAUCAUCUCCGUGCUGCAGUGGGUCCUCACGUUCCUCGUCAUGGGUAUUGCUUGCACUUUAAUCCUCAUGUACAUCCUGUGCACAGAUUGCUGGGCGAUCGCUGCUCUGUAUUUAGCCUGGCUGGUGUUCGACUGGAAUACACCAAAGAAAGGUGGAAGAAGAUCCCAGUGGGUGAGAAAUUGGGCUAUAUGGAGGUACUUCAGGGAUUAUUUUCCAAUAAGACUGGUGAAAACCCACAACCUGCUGACCACCAGGAAUUACAUCUUCGGUUACCAUCCGCAUGGCAUCAUGGGCUUGGGAGCCUUUUGCAACUUCAGCACAGAGGCCACGGGAGUCAGCCAGAAAUUCCCUGGGAUCCGGCCCUACCUGGCAACCCUGGCUGGGAACUUCAGGAUGCCCAUCCUGAGGGAUUACUUAAUGUCUGGGGGUAUAUGUCCUGUGAACCGUGACAGCAUAGACUACAUCUUGUCCAAGAACGGCAGCGGCAAUGCCAUCAUCAUCGUGGUGGGAGGAGCAGCAGAGUCCCUCAACUGCACCCCCGGGAAGAACUCAGUGACACUGAGGAACAGGAAGGGAUUUGUGAAACUGGCACUGCGGCACGGUGCCGACUUGGUUCCCGUCUACUCUUUUGGGGAGAACGAAGUGUACAAGCAGGUGAUCUUUGAGGAGGGCUCCUGGGGAAGAUGGGUUCAGAAGAAGUUUCAGAAGCACAUUGGCUUUGCUCCAUGCAUCUUCCACGGCCGCGGGCUCUUCUCCUCGAACACGUGGGGCUUGCUGCCAUACUCCAAGCCCAUCACCACUGUUGUGGGUGAGCCCAUCACCAUUCCAAAGAUCGACAACCCAUCUCAGAAGGAAGUGGACUUCUACCACGGCGUGUACGUGGACUCCCUCAUCAAGCUCUUUGACAAGUACAAAGGCAGGUUUGGAUUGCCAGAGACUGAGGUCCUGGAAGUCAACUGAAGGGUCCGGCUCAGCAGCACCUCCUUCCCUCAGAAGCAUCUUCUCCGGGAGCCCAAACCGUCAUCGCGUUUUUGGAAGCGUGUGUGGGUGUCCGUGUCCUUCUAAAGGAAAUGUUUAACGUAUUGCUAGACCACGUGUUAAAACUGAUCUAAAAAAGAAAAGCUUUCCUUUGGAUCAAUCCCAUGACAAACCUCUUUCUAUCCAAAAGAGCACAACUCCCCGCUGCUGUGAGGAUUUGGAUGGGGGAAAUGAUUGCCUUUGUCACCUGCUGUGUAAGGCUGUUGGAUUGCCAGAGGUGGAUUAGAAGCGUUCCUGCAUCUGCUGCGCGAGCUGCUCUGGGGGGAGAGCAGCGUCCAUCUGGUUUCCAACCAACGAGCAGAGCAGUGCUUGGAUUGUGAGCAGUGUUAUCGGUGUGUUGCACAACAGCUGUGCUGAGAUGUGCUCACCCAGCACAGGAGUUUUUCUGCUUCGGAAAAGCUCCUCUGAAAGCACCAAAGCCAGAACCCCAGGGGAGAGGUGCAGGAACGCCAAGGAACGCCGAGCCCAGUGGGCCUCGGUCCGCACUGUGUGGGAUGCUGUGGUGGCUGGCAUUUCACCACUUGUGUUCAGAAUGUCACUUUAGGAGCUGGUCUGUCCCGAGUGCUGCUUGCACAGCGCUGUGCUGCAGGAGGAAUGGGACUCCUCCAUAGCCACGGAGCUCCGGGGGCAGUGGGGUGGUGCAAUGGUGUGGCCCAGUGCUGCAGACCCGUGGGAAGCCAGUCGGGGUAAAUGCCGUGGGGCUGCUGGUGGUUUGGAGCCUGAAAGCAUUUGGGGAAAGCUAGGAGUAACUUCUGCCCAAAGAUGGCUUUUAACUCUUCUGUCCAGUGAAUGUAAAGGAGUAGCCUUCUCACGCAUAGGAUCUGCAGUGAGUGGAUUUUAAAGUGUUUCUCUGAUGUUUACAUGGAUGCUAACGCUGCUUGUAGUGAGAUUCCUUCGGAGUACAGCAUGUUUAUGUGUAAAGCUGAAACGUUGCACUACUUGCAUGUCUGCCUUCUCCGCGCUGCGGCUGUGUUGCAAGCUCUGAAAUGUGCCUUUCUUCCACGCGAGCGGACGGUACUUCACAUUCCUGGAAUCUGUCACAUCUCAUAGACUGUUAUCUGACAGAGGACCCGUGGGUUUUUUUUGUACAGAUUUCUAGAAAUAAACUUGGGCAAAACCA